ACAAACGUGUGACGUUGCUUAUAUUUCUGUGACUUGAUGCCAUUAGUCAUUGUCAGCUGUUGGAAGUUGUUUUUGGUCGGUGUUUGAGAAUAAGAGAAUACAUCAGAAUUUGGAAAUGUUUCGAUCAACAUCUAGUUUUGAUAAACUUUUGGAUAAAGCAACCAGUAACCUACGUUUGGAACCAGACUGGCCAGCAAUCCUUCAAAUAUGUGACCUUAUACGACAGGGGGAUGUUCAAUCUAAAUAUGCCCUGAUUGCUAUUAAGAAAAAGCUGUACAAUGCAAAUCCACACAUUGCCAUGUUUGGAUUACAGGUACUUGAGUCAUGUGUCAAGAACUGUGGGAACCUCAUACAUGAUGAGAUUGGAACAAAACAAUACAUGGAGCAACUGCGUGACCUGGUUAAAUCAACUUCCCAUGAUGAUGUGAAGAACAAGGUGUUAGAGCUGAUUCAGGCUUGGGCCUAUGCUUUCCGCAACAGUCCUAAAUACAGAGCAGUCCAGGACACUGUGAACAUCAUGAAGACUGAGGGCUGCAAGUUUCCAGUACUAAAGGAGAGUGAUGCAAUGUUCUCUGCAGAUACAGCACCAGAGUGGGCUGAUGGAGAUGUUUGUCAUCGAUGUAGAGUCCAGUUUGGCAUGAUGCAGCGUAAGCACCACUGCCGAGCAUGUGGUCAGGUUUUUUGUGGACACUGUUCCUCCAAGACGUCUACACUACCCAAGUUUGGUAUUGAGAAAGAGGUGCGGGUCUGUGAAGCUUGUUACGAGAUCCUUAACAAACCAACAUCAGCAAGUCAGAAAACAGAUGGAGAAUUACCAGCAGAGUAUGUAUCUAGCUCACUUGCACAGCAGAGCCAGAGUCCCCCACGUAAGUCAGAGGAUGAACUCAGAGAAGAGGAGGAGCUGCAACUGGCACUGGCGCUGUCCAAGUCAGAAGCGGAACACAAAGAGAAAGAGAAGAAACGAACAACAUCAGCCAUGAUGUCUGGUCCCAGCAGUACAAAUCGUGCCAAACAAUACUCCCCUCCACCUGCAGUUGACACUGCUGGUGGCAGUCCUAGUCAACAGCAGACAUUGACAGAUGAUGAUGUAGACCCAGAACUUGCACGCUAUUUGAAUCGUUCAUAUUGGGAGCAGCGUCAGUCUGAAGAAGCACAUCAGCAUGAGAAGCAACAACAUCAUACAUCAGAUCGGAAUGGUAGUCGGGUGGACAGUCCAUUGAGUCAACAACCUUCUGCACCCAUGUCAUCUACAACUGCAUCAAGCAAACUUCAGCAUCGUCAUGAGAAUGGGGAGACAGAUACAGAGAUGGAAGAAUUUGUAACAACCUUGAAAACACAAGUGGAGAUCUUUGUGAACCGAAUGAAAUCCAAUUCUAGUAGGGGACGGAGCAUUGCAAAUGACAGCUCUGUCCAGACACUAUUCAUGAAUAUUACAGCAAUGCAUUCUCGUUUGUUGAAGCACAUUCAACAGCAAGAUGAUAGCAGAGUAUAUUAUGAAGGACUUCAAGAUAAACUGGCACAGGUUAAGGAUGCCCGUGCAGCAUUGGAUGCCUUGAGAGAAGAGCAUCAUGAAAAACUGCGCCGCCAGGCUGAGGAGGCAGAGAGGAUUAGACAAAUGCAGAUGGCACACAAACUGCAGAUUAUGCGCAAGAAAAAGCAGGAAUACUUGCAAUACCAGCGUCAGCUUGCACUUCAGCGAAUACAAGAGCAGGAACGAGAGAUGCAGAUAAGGCAGGAGCAGCAGAAGCAACAAUACCUUAUGGGUUCAUCUAUGCCUUACAACAUGCAACCACCAUAUAUGCCAGGUCAUGGACCAGGUUUUGGACCUGCAAGUGCAGAUGGAUCACCUGUGCAUGGAAAUCAGUUCUCAACAGUGCCAGGUCCCAACUCCUUUACUUCGUUACAAUCUGCUGCUACAAGUGCUGGACCCACCACCUACAGAGACUUCUCAGGAUUAUACUCUGUACCCAAUGUGCAAGCACUUCCUGGACAGGGGCCAAUCCCAGGAGGCCCUGUCCCUCAUAUACCUCAAGGACAUAUUCCAGCUGUUGCAGCACCAGGCGCAAUGCAUAGUCUUCCUAGGGGCAUGGUACCAGGUCCUGUGAUGGGACCCGUACCAAUUCCUGGACAGGUGCAUGGCCCUCCAAGGCCUAUCCAGAGCCAGAGACCACCUAUUCAAGGCCCAGUUCAGGGUCCUCAGUUACAAGGACAAGGCCCAGCACAGUUGCCCCAAGGGCCUGUGCAGGUACCACCACAUGUACAAGGAGGCCCCAUGCAGGUUCAGAGACCUCCUCAAAUGCAAGGCCAAGGGCACCAUCAACUUCAGGGCCAGGUUCAUCCACCCCAGAUGCAACAUCAGGGACCACAACAGAUACCAGGUCAAGGGUCUCAGAGCCAGGGACCUCCACUACAAAUGCAGGGUCCUCCCGGUCAAACAGCAGUACCACAAAAUCAGCCUGUGCCAGGGCAGCCAAUUGCUGGUGCUCAGGGACCACAAGUUUCACAUUAUUCUCCAGGAGGAGUGAUGAUGCCAUCAGGUGAGACCCAACCUCCCCAAGGCCCUACACCAGGAAGCUCUCAGCAACAGCAGCAAACAGCAGAAUUGAUUAGCUUUGACUAGUUCACCAUGUCAGUCACUAAAUAUAGGUAUCUGUUUAGUGUUCAUUCUGUUGCAUAUUGAAUGAAGAAUGAAUGAAUCUUAACUGUACUGACAUUACCUAUGCUAGAUAUGAAAGCAGUAGUUACUGCAUUUAUAUGUGAUUAUCACUUGUUUGCAUAUAUUGUAAAAAGAAGAUGGACGUAAAUGUAGUGCAUAAUUACAUCACAUAAUAAAUCAAACAUGUUUUAAGAGUUCAUAUAUUUAUAAUGUGAAAUUGUUCUCAAAAUAAGUAAUGGUGUGUUACAAGUACCAGUAAUGUAUGAAAGACUGGAAAUUGUUUUUUUCUUUUUGCUUGUCAGUAACUUAAUCUUAACACUAAAAUAAAAUUUAGUACAGUCAUUGUAAUGCAAAAUGUGAUGUUACAUCCGUCAUAAUAACUGUGCAGUUAUACAACAAACCUAUUCCUGUACUAAUAACUUCAUUGUACUGAUGCUGACAUAAGUAAAAUCUUUUCAGGAAAAUGUUAUGUUUAGCAAGGUUGAAUCAUUAAACAAUUUAAAAAGUAAAAAUAUUAAUAAAAUAAAACAACCACAA